UUCUCCAUAGGCAUAAUGGAUAAAAAUGCAUACAUGAGUGACAUGAUGACUUGUCAUGAUGAUGAAGCUACAAGAGCAUCUCCUUCAGAAGGGCUGGAAGAGGGGGAAGUAGAAGGAGAGACUCUUCUUAUAGUAGAAUCUGAAGAUCAGGCAUCAGUGGAUUUAAGCCAUGAUCAAAGUGGGGACUCUAUGAAUAGUGAUGAAGGAGAAACAUCCUACGCAGAGGAGUUGUCUUAUUACUGUGAAAGAUGUCAAAAAUGGUUGCCAGCAAGUCAUACAAGAGAGCAGAUCACCUAUCUUAAAGGUGAUAACUUUUUCAAGUUUACUUGCUCUGAUUGCUCAGAAGAUGGGAAGGAGCAGUUUGAACGGUUGAAGCUAACAUGGCAACAAGUUGUCAUGUUGGCUAUGUAUAAUCUAUCUCUAGAAGGAACUGGUCGCCAAGGUUAUUUUCGAUGGAAAGAAGACAUUUGUGCUUUUAUUGAAAAACAUUGGAGUUAUCUACUAGGAAACCGAAAGAAGACAUCUACAUGGUGGAGCACUGUUGCUGGUUGCCUUUCUGUGGGAAGCCCUCUGUAUUUUCGCUCAGGAGCUCAGGAAUUCGGAGAACCAGGAUGGUGGAAACUUGUUCACAAUAGGCCCCCUAUAAUGAAGCCUGAAGGAGAGAAACUUUCUGUGUCUUCUUUAAAAGCAAAAAGUUCAAAACUGUCUAUAGAUCCAAUCAUUACAGUGGAGGGGCUUAGAAAGCGAGUGAGCCGCAAUCCAGUAGAAUCUGCUAUGGAACUGAAGGAGAAGCGGUCUCGCACUCAAGAAGCCAAAGAAAUCAGGAGAGCUCAGAAAGAAGCAACUGCCUUCAUGGACAGGAGUACAUCCUCUACACCGGUCAAAUUCACCAGUCGAAACAGGCAUUCAGACAUUAUGCUUGAAAAGGGGGAGGUGGUUGACUUUUCCUCCCUCAGUUCUUCUGAUCAAACACCUUUGACCAGCCCAUCUCCUUCUCCCUCUCUGGAUUUUUCUGCUCCUGGAACUCCAGCGUCGCAUUCAGCUACACCUAGUCUGCUUUCAGAAGCUGAUCUUAUUCCAGACAUAAUGCCACCCCAGGCUCUUUUUCAUGAUGAUGAAGAGAUGGAAGGUAUGAUAGACCCAGGAAUAGAAUAUAUUCCCCCAUCAGAGGCAAUGAUCCAAAAGAAAAUGAAGCUAUCUGAUCAAAUUAAACAAGAGCUGAUGUGUGAAGAAGGAAGAACAGAGAGGCUAGUCAAUGUUGUGGAAAAUCACAGUAGCACACAUGCCUUCCUUCAAGACCAAGGUCUAAACAAGCGGAAGACCCAGCAGGCUCAUAAGGAUUCUCAAUCUAAAUACACUUCUAUUGGUAUCUAUGAAGAAAAACUUCUUUUGAAGAACUUGGAGGCUUGUAUAAAUGCAGCAGAAAUGACUCCUGAGGCUCGGAGGCUGAGGCGCAAGCUGAUAGUCCGAAAGAUGAAACGAGAGAGAGGUCUUCCCCUUUUUAACUUGGACGAUAUUGUGAAUUCUGCUCUUAUCUUGGUUGAUCAGUUUUAUGGAACUAAGGAAAGACAUGUUGCCUAUCUGCCAUCAGAUUAUGCAGUAUACAAAACUUCUUGCCAGGCUUUCCGAAUUUUGGAUCGAUAUCAGACUAAGGUUUCUGCUGCGAAAGAGUUUCAACAUCGAACUACAACAUUUUGGUGCCGACUUGUAGGGUCUGAAGAUACGACUGAUCAUAGCCUCAUCAGUCCCUAUACUUCUCGUGUUUUGAAACCUUAUAUCAGACGUGAUUAUGAGAAUAGGCCCCCAAAACUUCAGCUGCUGAUGGAAAUACGAGCUCAUUAUCAUAAGAAUGAUCCAAGCUGGACUGCUGAACCAGAAGCUCCCAUUGAUUAUUGCUAUGUGCGUCCUAAUCACAUCCCAACCAUUAAUUCAUUGUGCCAUGAGUUCUUCUGGCCAGGGAUUGAUCUGUCAGAAUGCCUGCAGUAUCCAGAUUUCAGUGUUGUCGUUCUUUACAAAAAAGUUAUAGUUGCUUUUGGUUUCAUGGUGCCAGAUGUCAAAUAUAAUGAAGCAUAUAUCUCUUUCCUUUUCGUUCAUCCUGAGUGGAGACGAUCAGGGAUUGCAACUUUUAUGAUAUAUCAUCUUAUUCAGGUGGCAUCUGCCCCCGACAAGAAUUGCCAGAAUGUUCAAGGAUAAAUCCGAAAAAUGCUGGAAGUGUCAUCAGAUACCUGGAUCAUAUUACCAUAUGUGGUGGACAUGCGUUGAAGCAAAAAGAGAUUGGACUAAAAUACACACAUGGUUGGAGAAAAUGACAUAGAUUUUAAGCCAGAAGUCUUUCUGUUGGGAAUUAUUCCUAAGAUAUAUACUAGAGACGUAAAAUAUUUGAUUGUGAACAUUAUUACAGCAGCCAGGAUUGUGUUUGCUAAAAAUUGGAAAAAUGAGAAACUACCUUUGCAAGAUGAAAUAAUUAGGAAGAUGAUGGAAUGUGCAGAGAUGAGUAAAUUGACAUUUGAAAUUAGAGAUCAAGAAGAUAAGCAAUAUUAUAAAAUAUGGGAUUUAUUUUACUAUUGGUUAGAAUGAAAGAUGUUAGAAAAGACAAUAUAAGAUCUAUGUAUGUAUGAAAGAGAUGUUUAUUUUGAGAUAGCACAAGAAGAUAUGUAAACACCCCUUCACCACAUUGUAAUUGUUUGUUGAGAAUCAGUUUUUUUGUUGUUGUGAAAAAAUAAAAACUUUUGAUAAAAAAAGUCAUUAAGAUAGACCA